AUGCAGGAUUCACCCAGCUCUCUGGUGAUGGAUGGAUACUCCAGCAAUGUGCCAGCCUUCCUAACUAAACUCUGGACGCUGGUGGAAGAUCCCGAAACGAACCAUCUCAUCUGCUGGAGCACUAAUGGCACCAGCUUCCAUGUGUUCGACCAAGGACGCUUUGCCAAAGAGGUGCUGCCCAAGUAUUUCAAACACAACAACAUGGCCAGCUUCGUCCGGCAGCUGAACAUGUACGGGUUCAGGAAGGUGGUGAACAUCGAGCAAGGGGGUCUUGUCAAGCCGGAGCGGGACGACACGGAGUUCCAGCACCUCUGCUUCCUGCAGGGCCACGAGCACCUCCUGGAGCACAUCAAGAGGAAGGUGUCGGUAGUGAAAAGCGAGGAGACCAAGAUGCGCCAGGAGGACCUCAGCAGAUUGCUAUACGAGGUACAGAUACUGAGAAGUCAGCAGGAGAACAUGGAGUGUCAAGUGCAGGACAUGAAGCAGCAAAACGAAGUGCUUUGGCGAGAAGUUGUUUCUCUCCGGCAGAACCACUCGCAGCAACAGAAAGUGAUCAACAAGCUGAUUCAGUUUCUGUUUGGCCAGCUCCAAUCAAGCCCUAGCAGCACUGGGAUAAAGAGGAAGCUACCUCUGAUGCUUGACAAUGGGAUCUCAGCUCCGCAAGUGUCCAAGUUCAGCCGGCAUUUGUCUACAGACCCCCUCCAUGACCCCUAUUUCAUACAGUCGCCAUCGACAGAACCUGCCUCUUGCCUAAACAGCCCUGCAAUUGCUGGAGGACCCAUCAUAUCCGAUGUUACUGAAGCAUCGCCAUCCAACAUAAUAAAUAUGCAAUCCCCUCCUGAAAAUGACAGGGAGAAGUGCCUCAUGCUGAUUAAGGAAGAGCCAGUCAGCCCUGGAGUGAAAGCUACUACGGAGCCUGAUGUCCCCAUGCCAGGCUGCCGGGCUUGCUCUGAGCCCCCAGUGCUCCCGGUCGCCAUGGUUCAGUCUGUUUUGGAAGGCAAAGGGAGCUGUGCAGCCCCCCCAGCAACCUCACAACCAGCCGAGAGAAGAGGCAGAAGGGCACUGCUGGAGAGAACAGAUAUUUCGGACCCGUUAGAGGGCAGCGACUGGAGCUUGGAAGGGCUGCAGCUGCUGCUGAGGAGCCAACAGUAUGGCCUGGAGCCCGCCAGCCUCUUGGAUGUCUUUAAUCCCAAUUUAUCUUUGAGUGAGUGGAAUUUGACUGAAAUGGAAGCCAGUCUGUCCCCGAUGCAGCGACUCACAGUGGAUGUGGAGAAGAAUGCAACUGAGCUGUCCUCGAAGGUCUUCAACCCAGCGUUUAACAACGCCUGCCCAGGGAAGGAUGUCAUCCUUGAAAGCACCCAGCAGUUCCUCAUUGAUCGUCAGUCAAUCUUUGGAAAUGACCUCAUCAGCUUGCCUGAAAGUUCAUCGCUUUAUGUUCCAUCUGAAAAUAUGGCUUCCUACCUAUCCUCUGUGGGUGUCCAAGGGGAUAUCCCGUUAAACCUGAGCUCUUCAACUGACAACAGCCAGUGA